UCGACUUUUCAUUCUGUCGUACAUAUUAAUAUUUAAUUAAUAUACCGUAUAUCUAAACUCAAGAAUAGUUUUUAAAUAUUUUGCUCUGUCACGGGUAUAUAAAUAGAGCAGGAAGCAUGCGUCGUUGAUUGUGUUAUUACAACAAACGAAUAUCAACAUUCUUUUUUAUGUGCACCGGUAUCUUAUUAAAAUUUUGCAAGGUUAGCAAGGUUUCAUCAGUUUCAAUCAGUUUGCUCAAGUGCACGAGUGCCGGAUCUGAGAUUCUAACCUCGCAUGAAUUCUAAGUAGUACAUACAUAGAUCGAACGAACGAAUAUCUAUUUAAUGUGAAUCGUUAGCAAAUAUUUUGGAACGAUGCGUUUUACGACAACCGUUAAUUUCAAGAUACUGCCUGUCUUUCGGUACCGCUUGACGGUUAUUCGAUCAUUCUGCAGAAAUCGUCACUCGGACGUACAAGAAUUGUCGGCUCAUAUACGACCUACGCAAUUCCGAAGGACAGGCCUUGCCGAAUAUCUAGGAUCAUUCGUCAGAAAUACGCGUAACUAUCGUCAUUCCGCAGCUAUUAUUUCAAUAAGAUCGUUUGCUACCAAAAAAUACAAUGACAGGGAACUGCCUAAUGAAUCUAAUGGAGAUCAAGGUGACGAUCCAGCUUCAUUACCAGCAACUGUUGUUGUGCCAGAGGUAUGGCCCCAUGUGCCUGUCAUAGCAAUUAAUAGGAAUCCUGUGUUCCCCAGAUUUAUAAAGCUUAUCGAGCUUAGUAAUCCAAUUCUCAUGGACCUAAUUCGUAGAAAAGUUAAAUUGAAUCAACCUUAUAUUGGCAUUUUCUUAAAGAAGUCAGAGGAAAAUGAAGCAGAUGUUGUACAAAAUUUGAACGAUAUUUACCCUGUUGGCACAUUUGCACAAAUACAUGAAGUACAAGAUUUAGGAAAUCGAUUAAGAUUAGUUGUGAUGGCACACAGAAGAAUUAAAAUUGUUGGUCAGAUUCUGGAAGAAAUAUCUCCAAAAUCCAUACAUGAGAUGAAACUGACGUUUCCACUACUAAAUACAACAAUUCACGUCCCUGUAGACGAUACAGUAACUACUAGUAAACCAAGUCGUAGAUCAUUAAUGCGCAAGAAAUCUGAAAAUAAGAUAGUAGAAGCAGAGAAAACUAAAAAGAUUGAAGAAGCAAAUAACGUAUCCGAAAGUGUAGCUUCGGAAAAAUCAACAGAAAGUACAGAGGAAAAAACUGAGCCAGUAGAAUCUGAUAGUAAUCAGCCACAUAUUGCCAGUACUCAGCCAUUGUUGAUGGUAGAAGUAGUAAAUGUUACACACGAGAAAUUUAGACAGACUGAAGAGAUUAAGGCUUUAACACAAGAAUUAAUCAAAACAAUUCGGGAUAUAAUCAGUAUGAAUCCAUUAUAUCGUGAGUCUCUGCAACAAAUGUUGCAUCAAGGUCAGAGGGUUGUAGAUAAUCCAGUUUAUUUGAGUGAUUUGGGUGCAGCUCUAACUGGUGCAGAUGCACAGGAACUGCAACAGGUGUUGGAAGAAAUGGAUAUUUCGAAGAGACUAAGACUAUCGCUUGCGCUGCUAAAGAAAGAAUACGAAUUAAGUAAAUUACAACAAAAAAUUGGUAGAGAAGUAGAAGAAAAAGUCAAACAACAACAUAGAAAGUAUAUUCUCCACGAACAAUUGAAAGUCAUAAAGAAAGAAUUAGGAUUAGAAAAGGACGACAAAGAUGCGAUAGCAGAAAAAUAUAGAGAACGAAUAAGAUCGAAAACGGUUCCGAAACCAGUAAUGGAUGUGCUUGAAGAAGAAUUAAAUAAAUUGAAUUUCUUAGAGAGUCAUAGUAGUGAAUUCAAUGUUACAAGGAAUUAUUUGGAUUGGCUCACAUCUUUACCGUGGGGUGUAACAAGCUCAGAAAAUUUAGAUCUUCAACAGGCGAUCGAGAUAUUGGAUAAAGAUCACUAUGGAAUGGAAGACAUAAAAAAACGAAUUUUAGAAUUCAUUGCUGUUAGUCAAUUAAAAGGUUCAACACAAGGAAAAAUAUUAUGCUUCCAUGGGCCACCGGGUGUCGGAAAAACGUCAAUAGCAAAAUCGAUUUCUCACGCGCUUAAUAGAGAAUAUUUCAGAUUUAGUGUCGGUGGUAUGACAGACGUUGCAGAAAUCAAGGGACAUAGGCGAACAUACGUUGGAGCAAUGCCUGGCAAAAUUAUUCAAUGCUUGAAGAAAACGAAAACUGAAAAUCCACUGGUUCUUAUAGACGAGGUUGAUAAAAUAGGAAAAGGCCAUCAAGGCGACCCAGCGUCCGCCCUCCUAGAAAUGCUGGACCCAGAGCAAAAUGCGAACUUCCUAGAUCACUAUUUAGAUGUGUCCGUUGAUCUCUCGAAAGUUCUUUUUAUUUGUACAGCGAACGUGAUCGAUACGAUUCCAGAGCCUCUUAGAGACCGUAUGGAAAUGAUAGAUAUGUCAGGCUACGUUGCAGAAGAAAAAGUCGCAAUCGCUAAACAGUACUUAGUACCGCAAGCCAUGAACGAUUCCGGCCUUUCUAAUCUUCAAAUUAACAUGGACGACAGUGCGCUUAAUUUACUAAUCAAAUUUUAUUGUCGAGAAUCAGGAGUUCGAAAUUUGCAAAAGCACAUAGAGAAAGUCCACCGGAAGGUGGCAUUUAAGGUUGUUAAGAAAGAAGCAGAAAAAGUUAACGUCACCGCAGAGAAUUUACACGAAUUUGUAGGAAAACCUGUGUUCACUCACGAUAGAAUGUACGACAUAACACCUCCCGGAGUUGUUAUGGGCCUUGCAUGGACAGCCAUGGGGGGCUCCACUUUGUUUAUUGAAACAACAAUUAGAAAACCUAUCACAAAGAAAUCUGAAGGUAGUUUUGAAGUUACUGGACACUUGGGUGAUGUGAUGAAGGAGUCCAUUCAGAUAGCCAUGACAGUGGCAAGGAAAUUCUUGAGCAAAGAAGACCCUGAUAACAAUUUCCUCUACGAUUCACAUUUACAUCUGCACGUACCUGAAGGUGCCACACCGAAGGAUGGUCCCAGUGCUGGUGUAACUAUCGCGAUAGCAUUAAUAUCGCUUGCUAAGAAUAAAGCGAUCAGGCAAAAUGUCGCGAUGACUGGAGAACUUAGUCUCAUGGGCAGGGUUCUUCCCGUUGGUGGUAUCAAAGAGAAAACAAUUGCCGCAAAACGAGUUGGUGUAAAUUGCGUGAUCCUACCCGACGAAAAUAAGAAAGACUACAACGACUUGCCUAAAUACAUCACAGACGGUCUCGAGAUUCAUUUCGCUUCCACUUUUGCCGAUGUAUAUCGUAUAUGUUUCAUGGAGGAUCACGAAUCUAAGAUUAUUAGUAGUCACGAACCUAUAAAUCUUAAUAUCUCAACUCCACAAGCUGCCCCGCUUCUAAGUAAAAGUGACGCGUAAAAACUAAGUACUUAAAACGCAGAUCCAUUCGAAAUCAUUAGACUACAAAGCAUACUUUGAAUACGUACUAUUUUCGAAAUAGUACGUCGGUGAAACAUAACUGUAAACUUCGUCGAGUCAACUUGACUGAUCUACCUUUUUAAGACAAAUUUUGAUAAAGAUUUCAUUAAUAAAACGUUUUUUUACUUAACGUAUCGAGGAAUUAACGAACUCAACAAUGUCAGAAGUCGCUAGUCACUUCGAUCGUCGAAAAGAGACAAUAAUAGCUGCUUUUUUAAAACAAAACUGAUACCGUAAAUACAAUAUAGUAAUGUUCAUUUUCUUCAUGUAUGGUGUAAUAAUUUAGUGAUCAGAAUUAAUGUCAACUGUAGCAGAGUUGUAUAUAAGUUUUAUCGUUUUUACGCAGAAAAUCUUGUGUUUUGCACCGUACAGUACCGUUUUCUAAAUAAAUAUAGAGACAAUGUAUAUAAUUGAUGAAAGUUAACAUUAAAGGUCUUCUGACUAAUAUAAGAAA